AUGAGCGCGCUACUUGAAACCUCCCUGGGCGACAUCGUGAUCGACCUCCUGGUCGACGAGUCGCCCAAAGCCUGUGAAAACUUCCUAAAGCUGUGCAAAAUCAAGUACUACAAUUUUGCGCCCGUGCACAGCGUCCAGAAGGACUUUAGCUUCCAAACCGGCGACCCGCUCGGCCCCGACGCGCCCGAUAGCGAUGGCGGUUCAUCCAUCUGGGGUGUCUUGGGUGGCCCCGCGAAGCGCACCUUUCCGAUCGACCUGCCGCCGAAAAUGAAGCAUCUCGAACGCGGGACAGUUAGCAUGGCUACGGUACCUGCGCCCAACGAUCCAGACCAGCGGGUGGCCGGUAGCCAGUUUUUGAUUACACUGGGAGAGAACUUGGAUUAUCUGGAUGGCAAGGCGGCUAUCUUUGGCAAAGUUGUUGAGGGAUUCGACGUGCUGGAGAAAAUUAAUGAGUCGUUCAUUGAUGAUCGAGGCCGGCCAUUGAAGGAUAUUCGUAUUCGCCAUACCGUUGUCCUGGAUGAUCCAUUCGAUGACCCCGCUGGGCUGGUCGAGCCACCCGAGAGUCCUGUGCCGACGAAAGCGCAAUUAGCAACCGUGCGAAUCGCCGACGAUGAGGAUUUGGAUGAAGAGAUGGACGAAGCUGCCAUGGAGAAGCUGCGUCGGGAGCGCGAAGCGCGUGCCCAGGCGCUGACUUUGGAGAUGGUGGGCGAUCUACCUUUUGCCGAUGUCAAGCCUCCUGAGAAUGUGCUUUUUGUCUGUAAAUUGAAUCCCGUGACACAAGAUGAGGACCUUCAAUUGAUCUUUAGUCGCUUUGGAACCAUUCUGUCGUGCGAAGUCAUCCGAGACAAGCGUACGGGCGACAGCCUGCAGUAUGCGUUUAUCGAGUUCGAAAAUCAAAAGGACUGCGAGCAGGCCUACUUCAAAAUGCAGGGCGUGUUGAUUGACGACCACCGCAUCCACGUUGAUUUCUCACAAAGUGUCUCCAAACUAUCCGACACCUGGCGCAACGCAACAGUAACCAAGCGCCAACAACGCGGCGGCUUCGGCGGUGUCGCCGAUCUCGAACAAAAGCGACAAUACCGUGUAUCCGACGACUCUCGCGCCGGGGACGGUGACAAAGCGUAUAACAUGGUCUUUGACCGGUCACGCAACGAUCGACCGUCUGCUCCAGCUCCAUCUGCCCCCCGCCGCGACGGCCGGUCCGAUCGCAGCCCCCGACGAGAUUCAUAUGGUGACCGUCGUAGCAGUCGCAGUCCUCGAGGCCGAGAUUCACAUCAGGAGCGGCACCGGCGGCGGGAAUCUAGCAGGAGUCCUGGACGGCGGGAUUAUGAGCGGCGAGACCGAGACCGUGGGGAUCGAGGACGGUAUCGGGAGGACCGUAGAGACCGAGACGGAGACCGGGAUCGGGCUCUCCGAGAUGAUCGGUAUGAGCGGCGACGAUGA